AUGGCAGAUGAAGUCGCUUCACAAUGUCUAUUUGGUGUUGGCAAUACAUACCUCGAAGGAACUCCAACGUCUUUGUCAUUUCCUAUUGUUUGCGACGGUUUUAUCGAAGUUAAUAAACAUAUGUUUGCCGACGUCAUGUAUUGGAAUGAUAAUAAAACCGAACUUGUGACGGAUGAAACUCAUUGUGAGGAAUGGCCGUAUAAUAAUAUUUAUACUCGUUGCGAUGGAUUCUGGAAUUGUCCAGAUGGUAAUGAUGAAUUGAAUUGUCCUUUAUUGAACCCAUGUUCACCAGACGGGUUCGAAUGUCUAUCACCUGAAACAUUUAAAAUUACUUGCUUACCAGCAUUCAAAGCCGGAGAUAAUCAUACAGAUUGUAUUGGUGGAACUGACGAACGAUUUUAUUGUCGAAAUAAACGCAACACCAUCUUUUCUCCGAUGGUAAGAUACCGAUGUUUUAAUAGUUCAUGGUGUAUUAUGGUCAAUAAUAGAUGUGAUGAGUAUAUCGAUUGGCCAUUCAAAGAUGAUGAAAAAAGUUGCCAACGGCUGAGCAACAUUAUACGUAUUUGUGACGAACCUGCGAUGUCAACUGAGAAACUUCUAUGCAGUUUAGAUGAAGGUGAAAAACCCAAAAGGAAAGUUUAUUUUUCCUUGACUGAACGAUCUCAUAUUGAUCUUCAGCCGCAAUCAAUGAUAAAAUCAAACAAUCGUCAUAUUUUCAUAAAUAAGAAGUUAGAUAGAAACGAAGCCUGGUUCUGUAAUCGAGGAAUUCCAUUUUUCUUCGGUGAACGAAAGUUAACCGAUGAAAACAUACGAUGUUUAUGUCCUGCUAGUUAUUAUGGUAAUCGUUGUCAAUUUCAAGCUCAACGUGUAGAUAUACUAUUUCGUUUUCGUACAUUUGAUUUUCGCAUGGUCUUUGAAUUCGUCAUUAUGUUGAUAGAUAAUACAUCUCAAAUUCAUUCAUUUGCUCAGAGAGAAUUACUACCAAUGCGUGAUUGUAACCUUCGAGUUGAUGUUACAUUAUCUUAUUCACAACGUCCAAAAGACAACUCACUAUCAUAUGUGAUCCGAAUAGAUACAUUCAACAAAUUGACAUUGGAAUAUCACGCUAGUUGGUUAUUUCCGAUACAGAUUUCAGUUUUGCCUGUAUAUCGUAUAUCUACAAUUCUUUCACUACUCAAUAGACCAGCUACUAUUGCUGAAUAUUCCACUUUUGGUUGUGUACAUGGUGAUUGUGUGUUAGCAGUUAAUACACGAGAAUCUUUUUAUCGUUGUUCUGCAAGUUGGUCGGGAGUCGAUUGUAAUAAAAGAAUUGAUUCUUGCAAUUCUGCACCAAGAACUCAUUGCAUUGGUUCUUCAAAUAAUCGUUCUAUUUGUGUAUGUCCUCUACCAAUGUUUGGUUCUCGAAGUUACCUUAAACAAUCUUCAUGUAGCCCGAAUCCUUGUGAAAACGAAGGCAUUUGUGUACCAACAGAUGUCCGAAUAUCUGAAAACAAUUUCACGUGUCUAUGUCAAGGAGGAUCCACAGGAAUUCGAUGCAAAUAUCGUCAAUCUUUUAUUGAAAUCUCUUUUUCAAAAGCAAAUUAUGUUCCUGAUUCAGUUUAUGUUCAUUUUAUUACUGUGUUGCAUGAUAAUGAUCCAAUACGCGCAAUUGUGAUAAAGAAGAUUGCUUAUGAUCAAGAUUCAGUUGUCAUUGGCAUGCCAGAUGAAUUUCAUCUGGCUUUUAUUGAUAUCAACAAAAUUUAUUAUUUAGGUGUCAUUCAAACAGAUUAUAUUUCAUCAAAAUAUUAUUAA